UUGAUUUUACUGAACUUUAGUGUGUCACUUCUCAGAUGUGGAUACAAGCAUUGAGAGGGAAUGUGACUUGCUUUUAUUUCCAGCAAGUUGGCCUCUGAGGUAGAACUAGAACCCGAUGGUUUCGAUCCCCCAGUCUGAAGCUCCUUCCAUUCCACUGUGUAGAUGUGAGCAAGUGGCUUGUGUCAGUCCUUGGGUGUGGGUAUGUGCAAAGUGCUACUCACGGGCAGAAACACCUCAAUGCCAAUCACACCCCCAGAGUGACACCAUAAGGGUUCUGGCUGCCUAUGGCCUGGAUGACACUCUGAAGCUGGAUCGGGACCGUACUUUUGUCAAGUCCAUCUUCCUGCUACAAAUAGUCCACCCUGACGACCUUGACGUCCCUGAGGACACCAUCAUCCAUGACUUGGAACUCACUGAUUUCCUCAUUCCAGAAGAUGACACCACAUAUGCCUGCACCUUCCUCCCUCUCCCCAUCGUCAGCAAGAAGCAUCACAUCUUCAAGGUAGGGCGAACCAGAUGUUGCUAAGGCAGUUGAGCAGCGCCGUGAGCACAGCCAGCUCUGGAAGGAUGAUGUUCAGAAAACUGCUGAGAGAAGUAGCUGGGAGCACAGGGAGGCCAGGCCAGAUUUGGUGGAGGUGGUAGUUUCAUGAUUUCUUGAGCCCAACACUAUUCUAUUUGAGUCCCACAAUGCAGCAGAGAUUUUGAUGAAGGUAACAAAUUAGUGUUUCCGAAGGGCAAAAUACAAGCCCCACAUUGGGCCUAGAAUUGUGCUCAUAGCCCAGAAGGAAGUUCAGGCUGGGGGUCAUGGCCAAGGGCUGUCAGGUCCAUGAAGUCUGGCUAGAGGGAACUUCAACUUGGCCACCUGAUUUCAUAGUUGAGUGAUUUCAAGUUUUGAUCUUACAAUAACUAGCAAAUGUGUGGGAGCCAA